AUGCGGCCACCACCCACUUCACCUCCGCCUAUUGACAAAAAGAAAUCCCCACCACCCCAACCCCCAGCCCCCAAACGUCCACCUCUCCCGUAUUCAGACAACACCAUCCUCGGCUUCCCCAAACGUAGAUCCCAAUUCGAGUCCAGCUACGAAACCCUCCUCGACUUUAUCAAGCCCUCCCAACGGGGGCUCGACCACAAGAAACUCCUCCUCCGUCUCGCCGAGCAAGUCAAUCGUGUUGGGGGUCGGAAGUAUGUGGGGAGACAGAUGGGGUUUGGGGUUGUCGAGUACUUGGCGGAGAAGUAUGCGAUGAUCGCUCGUCGGUUGUGCAAAGCCAUGCGACAUACGAUCGGUCCUGGCGGUCAACCUUCCGCCUCUCAAAUCCGGCUCCUCUACCAAACCGUCGAGUGA